GAUUCACGAGUGGAAAAUUCAUCAAUCGUACUUCGAUCAUUACAAUUAUUAAAUCUACAUCACGACGAACUUCCCCAGAAUUUCUAAGAAUCAAGCAUCGGAAUCUUCAACAGAAGCCAAACACUUUCAGGUUUCAAUUUCCUAUCUGAUCUCAUUUCUGGGUAACCUCAGUGGUACAUAUCAGCAAUAACAAUGGAUUAUGGAUAUAUGAUAUUUUUGGCGGUUACUUCCUCUGUUGUUCUCACAUCAGUAUUUUCAUUAUGGCUCCUUUCCCAACAUCUGUCUAACUGGAGAAAACCAGCAGAGCAAAAGGCCAUUGUUGUUAUAAUUCUUAUGGCUCCCUUAUAUGCUGGUAUCUCCUACAUCGGUCUGUUGGAAUUUAUGGCAAGCAGUACUUUCUUUUUGUUCUUGGAAUCAAUUAAGGAAUGUUAUGAGGCCUUGGUGAUUUCUAAGUUCUUGAGUUUACUCUACAGCUACUUGAAUAUAUCCAUAAGCAAAAACAUCGUACCAGAUGAGAUCAAAGGUAGAGAAAUCCACCAUUCUUUUCCGAUGACCCUCUUUCAGCCUCACAGUGCUCGAUUAAAUCAUCACACGUUGAAGCUUCUCAAGAUCUGGACCUAUCAAUUUGUGGUGAUUCGUCCUGUAUGUUCCAUCUUGAUGAUCUCUCUUGAACUAAUUGAUGUAUAUCCAAACUGGCUCAGCUGGACAUUUACUAUCAUAUUAAAUGUCUCUGUGUCGCUGGCUCUGUAUUCCCUGGUGGUUUUCUAUCAUGUAUUUGAUAAGGAGUUGAAACCACAUAGCCCUCUUGCGAAGUUCUUGUGCAUCAAAGGGAUUGUCUUUUUCUGCUUCUGGCAGGGAAUCGUUCUUGAGAUGCUUGCUGCAGUGGGCAUAAUCAAAGCAGAACAUGCCUGGUUCGAUGUGGAGCACAUAAAUGAAGCCAUACAAAACACUCUGGUUUGCGUGGAGAUGGUUUUCUUUGCCAUGGUUCAGAUGUCUGCAUACAGUGCUAGCCCGUAUAGAGAUCAAUCUGCAGCAAAAUCUAAAUCGGAGAAGAAGGAACAGUGAGCUCCCCCUUGGUAACACGCAUCAAUACAGAUGAGCACUGAAUAAUAUAUCUCAGCUUUUAUGAAUGUUUUCUGCUCUUCAGCAUCGAUUAUAUGUGAACUUUUGAGAGUUGUAUUUGGAAAGUUUGUUUUGGCUAUUACCAAUUAGGCGACAUUGUUGUGCCAUACCCUCUGUUGAAGUCGAGCUCUCGGUAUAAAAACUACCUUAGCAGGUCGUGUGGCUGACCAAUCUGCUCGUGUUGCUGUUAGCCUGUUUUGUAUCUCUUUGUAGAACAUUUAUAGCACGAGAAUCUGAUUACACAGAAAAAAUAAUGAUAAUAAAAUGCUGCCAUCGUAUUUGGGGAAA